AUGCCCAGAGCUAUCCGAGGCGUCCUCAUCGAGUGCGACCCUGCCGUCAAGUCCAUUAUCGUAAACAUCGACAGCGAGAACCAUGACUACAUAAUCGAAGAUCUCGACGAGCAGCGCUGCGUCGUCAAGGAAACUAUGGUCGCUCAGCUAAAGCAAAAGCUUGACGAAAAACUUCGUCAUACGCAGGACCAGCAGGAUGGGUCCGGAUCGGAUUAG